GAUUAUUUCCAGCAGGAAAAACAGCUGCAGCUGAGGGGGCAGCGAUGCCAAAGCCCAGGCGUCCGGAGUCAGAAUUCUGAGAUUUGUGAAGAGUUAAGUGAGUUGCACAUGGAUAAGCAGUUGAAGGCUGAGCCACCACCUCCAGUAGGGCAAAAAGAGCUUGAUGAAAUCAGUCUUUCUGAAGGCAGCACAGUGGAUUUGACAAAUCCUGCAGAACUGCUGGAGCAGAUCCCUGAGUUUGCUGAAGAGCUGAUGGAACCUGAAGAUUGCUUCCCCGAAGUUUGUGUGCGAUUCUUCCCAUGCUGCUCAGUGGACAUCACAAAAUUUCCAGGCAAAAUUUGGUGGAGGCUGCGGAAAACCUGCUACAGAAUCGUUGAACACAACUGGUUUGAAACUUUCAUCAUAUUCAUGAUCCUGCUGAGCAGUGGAGCCCUGGCUUUUGAAGAUAUUUACCUUGAAGAUCGAAAAAACAUAAAAACCAUGUUGGAAUAUGCUGACAAAAUAUUCACUUACAUCUUCGUCUUGGAAAUGCUCCUGAAAUGGGUGGCUUAUGGCUUCAAGAAGUAUUUCACCAAUGCCUGGUGCUGGCUUGACUUCCUUAUUGUAGAUGUGUCUUUAAUAAGCCUCAUCGCCAGUACACUCGGAUACUCUGAGAUGGGUCCCAUUAAAUCCCUCAGGACCCUCCGAGCUCUGCGGCCAUUAAGAGCAUUGUCACGAUUUGAAGGGAUGAGGGUGGUGGUCAAUGCCCUCGUGGGAGCCAUCCCUUCCAUCAUGAAUGUUCUGCUUGUCUGCCUCAUUUUCUGGCUCAUCUUUAGCAUCAUGGGAGUGAACCUCUUUGCUGGAAAGUUUGGAAAGUGCAUUAAUAAGACAGAAGGAGAUAUGCCUUUAGACUCUAAAAUUAUUAACAACAUGAGUGACUGUAUACUCUAUAAUGUGUCAGGCACGUUUUACUGGACAAAAGUUAAAGUUAACUUUGAUAAUGUUGGUGCUGGGUAUCUGGCUCUGCUACAAGUGGCGACAUUUAAAGGUUGGAUGGAUAUCAUGUAUGCAGCAGUGGAUUCACGAGAGUGUGAGGAGCAGCCUGAAUGGGAAUGUAAUUUAUACAUGUACCUGUACUUUGUGAUUUUCAUCAUCUUUGGGUCUUUCUUCACAUUGAACCUCUUCAUUGGUGUUAUCAUUGACAAUUUUAACCAACAAAAGAAAAAGAUAAGUGGCCAGGACAUCUUUAUGACAGAAGAACAGAAAAAGUAUUAUAAUGCAAUGAAAAAGCUGGGAUCUAAGAAACCUCAAAAGCCAAUCCCAAGGCCACUGAACAAAUACCAAGGUUUUAUUUUUGAUGUUGUCUCAAAACAAGCCUUUGAUGUCUCCAUCAUGAUCCUCAUCUGCCUUAACAUGGUUACCAUGAUGGUGGAAACGGAUGACCAAAGUCAAGAAAAAGUGAACAUCCUCCAUAAAAUCAACAUGCUUUUUGUUGCCAUCUUCACUGGGGAGUGCAUCAUCAAAAUGCUGGCUCUGCGACACUACUACUUCACCAAUGGCUGGAACAUAUUUGACUUUGUUGUUGUGAUUCUCUCUAUCGUAGGCACCGUACUUUCUGAUAUCAUCCAGAAAUAUUUCUUCUCUCCCACACUCUUCAGAGUUAUUCGCUUGGCUCGGAUUGGCCGGAUCCUAAGACUCAUCCGGGGAGCCAAAGGAAUUCGAACUCUUCUGUUUGCCUUAAUGAUGUCCCUACCCGCUCUGUUCAACAUUGGCCUCUUGCUUUUUCUGGUCAUGUUCAUUUAUGCCAUUUUUGGCAUGGCUAACUUUGCCUAUGUUAAGAAGGAACAUGGGAUUGAUGACAUGUUCAACUUUCAAACCUUUGCUAACAGCAUGCUCUGUCUCUUCCAAAUCACAACAUCAGCUGGCUGGGAUGGUCUUCUCAACCCUAUUUUAAAUACUGGACCACCGCAUUGCGACCCAAACCUUUCAAAUGCAAAUGGUUCAAAGGGAGACUGUGGAAGCCCUGCUGUAGGGAUUUUAUUCUUUGUUACUUAUAUCAUUAUAUCAUUUCUCAUUGUUGUAAACAUGUAUAUAGCCAUUAUUUUGGAGAACUUCAGUGUAGCCACUGAGGAAAGUACAGAGCCUCUAAGUGAGGAUGAUUUUGAUAUGUUCUAUGAAAUCUGGGAGAAGUUCGACCCUGAAGCCACUCAGUUUAUUGAGUAUUCUGCACUUUCAGACUUUGCAGAUGCGCUGUCAGAACCUUUGCGCAUAGCAAAACCAAACAAAAUCAAACUCAUAGCAAUGGACCUGCCCAUGGUCAGUGGAGAUAGGAUCCAUUGCUUGGAUAUUUUGUUUGCUUUUACAAAAAGGGUGCUAGGAGAAUCUGGAGAGAUGGAUGCCCUUAAAAUACAGAUGGAAGAAAAGUUCAUGGCGGCAAAUCCAUCUAAGAUCUCUUACGAACCCAUUACAACAACUCUCAGACGGAAACAAGAAGAGGUCUCUGCCAUUGUCAUCCAGCGGGCCUACAGGAGACAUUUGUUUCGGCGCUCCAUGAAGCAGGCAUCUUACUUGUACCGGCACAGAACUUUUGACAGCAGCAUCCUCGAGGAUGAUGCACCUGAGAAGGAGGGUCUUAUUGCGUAUAUGAUGAACGAAAACUACGGCAGGCCAAUAGACAAAUCAGAAACUCUGUCCUCCACAUCUUUCCCUCCAUCCUAUGACAGUGUCACCAGAGGUACGAGUGAUAAUCUCCAGCUAAAGAUGACAGACUCCAGCAAAAGCGAUGAGGCUAUAGAUUGUCUUCUCUCACCAGACAAGGAUAAAGAAUCAAUUGUUUAAAUGUUUGUUUAGAAUGCUUUAAAAUAUUGUUUACAGAAUGUAAUGCUGUAACUACACAAUGAUUGAAGCAGCCUUCUUAUUAAAAAUUAGUUGCAAAAGAAACAAUGGAGUUUUUUACCCUUAACUACAGGAAUCUAGUAAGUCAUAUAACCUUUGACCCUGCUCUUUUUGACUUGGCUCAAUAUUUAUAUUUAUAUAUACACAGGAAGAAUCCUUGCAGGGUCAUAGCUGUUAUAUCAAUGGUGUGAAUAAGAAUAUGCUAGACUGUAAAACAGUAAACACAGUGUAUAUCCACAGAUAAAGCCUGGCUGUAUACAUUCAUUUAAGGUCUUACUCAUAUUAGUGUGUUUACUUAUGGCGAUGUAUGAC